UCCUACGUCGCGCCCGCCCGGGUGUGUGUGCUGCUGACUGCGGGCGCAGCGACAUCAUGCCGUUGGAGCGCUAGACACGCCGUUUUAAAGGGCUAGCCUCACUGUGCUGUGCCGUUCUCUCUCUCUCUCUCCCUCCCUGCCUGCUGUGUGCUGCUGAUUCAUCACGAUUAGGUGGUUAGCCAGCCUGCCUGCCAGCCAUAGGCUACAUGCACAAGCCAUGCCAACCAGAUUGAGUGGGGGCUUUCACAGCUAAAGUAGACAAAGAAAAGGCUUGCUUGUCAAACGUAAGCUAGGCUAUAGCAUCGCACUACAGUGCAGAGAGAACAACAUGUGUGGCGGUUGGGAAUAUUUCUGAUAACUUCAUGCGAGAUAGAUUGAUCAUAUCGAGAGUUACGGGGGGACUGGGAAUCCCCCCCGGUUUUCAGAAAUCAGACAUCGUUAAUCGGUUUACAUAGAGUAGCCUAGCUAGAUAAGGAAGAGGAAGAUAUAUCGUGUAUUCGGGAUGUGUAGCCGAGUUGGAACUGUCUAGAAAACGUGAUUAUAGGUUAGGUGGCUGGAGAUAUUCACAGCAGAAGAACUGUCCGAGUAUUCGAGUGCUGAAACGGAAGCAAGCGGAGCGGAGCGGAAAACGGGCCGCACUGGAUAGGGACGCAACAACCGCGAGCGCGGUCAGCGUGUGUCUGUCUGUUGCUAUUUCAGAGGAAGGAGAGAUGGAGGGUCGAGAGAUGGGAUUAAAAAACGAGUGGAGUUCUGAGGUGUGUUCAGAGGGGGCUGGUUCUCGUGGCAUGUCGACCACUAAUAAGGGAAACAAGGCCUUGAAGGUGAAGAGGGAGCCGGGGGAGAAUGGGACCACCCUGACAGAUGAUGAGCUGGUGACUAUGUCUGUCCGGGAGCUCAACCAGCACCUCCGCGGCCUCACCAAGGAUGAGAUCCUGCAGCUUAAACAGCGCCGGCGCACCCUGAAGAACCGUGGCUACGCCGCCAGCUGCCGGGUCAAACGGGUCACCCAGAAGGAGGAGCUGGAGAAGCAGAAGUCACAGCUUCAACAGGAAGUGGAUAAGUUGGCGUCGGAGAACGCCAGCAUGAGGGCGGAGCUCGAUCACCUGAGGUCGAAGUACGAGGCGCUACAGAGUUUUGCAAGGACUGUGGCGAGGAGCCCGGGAGUGGGGUUAGGGGUCGGGGGUCAGAGGGGAGGUGGUGGGGUCGGGUCGGUGAUCGGGCCACUCAUACCGGGGAAAGUGGCGGCGACGAGUGUCAUCACGAUAGUGAAGUCGAAAACGGACGCGCGGUCUUAGUAGCGGGCUGGGUCAAGGAGGGAUGAGAGGGAAAAGGGAGGGAAGGGAGAGGAGGAGAAGAAGCUAAUUAGGACUAUUUAAAAAUGAAACCAUUGGUCAGUGCAUCGUCAUUGAGCACAGGACAGAAUUUAAUCAGGUGAGGUGGCCCCCCUUUGAGAAAAUAUCACACCCUGGAUAGUAAUUAUUGUGUUUCUACUGUUAUUUUGUAACUGUUGUACACGAGGUCCAAAGUUGUAAUUUUUAUGUAAUGUAGUUAUGCGUGUGUUGUGUCAUGGAAUACUGUGAACUUCAUCUGUGGCCGACUUUCGUUUUGGUAUCAUUCUAUUUGGCUGUGAUUUCUCUGAAAACAACUAUUUGUUUCCCAACGGGCUUCCGUAGUCACAGGCACUUCCUUGUUUUGCAGAAACAGCUUGCAGAGCCGUCAAUUUAUUUCAUAUUUUAUCAUAAAAAUGACAGAGAAUUGUAUUUUGUAACCGCUCAUUGCACAAGAGAGACAAGAUACUUUCAGAAAAGUGAGGGUCUUCAGGAAGAGGUUGUUUUGGUUAUUUUGGUACUUUUCACCCUUUUUUCUCCCCAAUUGGAAGGUACAGUCUUGUCCCAUCGCUGAAACUCCCGUACGGACUUGGGAGAGGCGAAGGUCGAGAGCCAUGCGUCCUCCGAAACAUGACCCUGCCAAGAACCAGAAGCCAGCCACACCAAUGUGUCUGAGGAAACACAGUACAACUGCCGACCGAAGUCAGCCUGCAGGCGCCCGGCCCACCACAAGGAGUCGCUAGAGCACGAUGGGCCACCUGUGCGCCCUUGGUCUGUAAUGAUGCCACUCGGGAGGCCUAAAGAGGUUGUGUUUUAUCACAGGUACCUGUGUGUUCACCUGUGCUUAAUGUUAUGCACUGACCAAUUAUCACCAUAUUACCAAUCUCCAUACAGACCAGAGGGGUCUAGGCGUCUAAUCGCCAAGUGUUGUCCUGUUCCUGUCUGUCUGGGACUUGUGUACUAUACUGUAGAAUUAGCUAUCGGGAUUACAUUGACUGACACGUGUUUAUGUGACUAGGCAAUUACUCCAUUCAAAAACGAACUGAAAAAUCAACAUUUUAGUCAAAAAUGUAUAGAAUUGAAAUAUAGUAAAUUUGAAUGUUUUUCUAAUUUAUUGUUAGAUUUGAUUUUGUUUUGUUUUUUUGGAAUGG